CAUUCAAAGGUAGGCGCACAUGCAAGGCAGUGCCAGAUCCACGCCUCGAAAUGGCGUUACUUUUUUUGCGGAAGAAAUGCCAAGUUCUCGGUUCUCAGUUUCGUGAGAGGCAGAACGCCUGUCGAGAAGCGAAACAUGGAUCGCGAGGUACAGUCCAUAUCCCAAACCCUGAGUGUUGGGUUACUCGAUUUCAUCAGUACUACUUUCAUCGACUCACGCUCUCUUAGUCCGAUGAAGCCCAAGUAUGACAAGUAUGCAGACGCUUGUUCUAUGGUGCAAGAGAUAAAGGCGCUCCGAGAGAAACUUGAUGCAACAGACGACGAGGAUGAAAUGCGGGCACUGGAGGAAGACAUCACAGGAAAGAUUUUGUGGCUCUGUUGGUGUGGAAUCUGCCAAGAAGUGGAACAGCUACUGCCACAGGUCGUGGACUACCUUGGGAACGAAGGGAACAUGACAGGUUUGGGUCAGAUUGGACGAAUUAUUGAAGGGACGCAUACAGACCCAAAUGACGAUCAAGCUCACUUGCGGCGAAUCAUGGCUGAUGCAGGAGCGGGGACGUCGAAACAUCAGUUGUUACUUACUGCUUGGGCUGCGCAGCACACGCUUGGUACAGCGGUCUCAGGAGACAAACCCGUACUCGGUACCCAAGAGGCCGUCCCAAGCACGAGUUAUCCAGGACCCUCCGCAUUAGCAGUUUAAUACACUACACUUGACCGGUGUGUAUUCAGUUUUUUCUCCAGCCUAAUUACCGUAGAUAACAUCGUACUCCAUGUAACAACUUUCACGAAAUUUGGGAUGACUGCACAACAACAAAUUUUUUUGUAUACGGCCU